ACUAAAAACUCAGCUGUGCUCUGAGUGAAUUUGAAUCGAAAUUGGAAUCGGAAUCUCAAUCUAAGUCUAGGUCUAGCCUCCACAAUUGCUCACCAGCCAGUGUUAGAUUCAGUUCACAUUCAGACGCUCAACGACGCCAAUCAAAAUAGUGUAAAGCGCAAAUUGACAAUAAAGAAAAAAAAAACACAGAAACAUAUAUAUAUAUUCAUUUAGCUGAUCAUGGCACUGUGCCUCUUACUUUCCUUGACGAUCGUCGUCUGCUGUCAGGCGAGCACUACAUCCAGCUUGGAUGCAUCUGUGGAUCGCAAUCUCUUAGCAGCACAACUCUACAAUGCCGUGGGUGCGGAGCAUCUCAAUGAAAACAUUGUGAUCUCACCGGCAGCGAUACAGACCUCCAUGGCAUUGGCCUUCUAUGGAGCCAAGGGACAGACAGCCAUCGAGUUGAAAGAGGGCAUGCGACUGGGCAUUGGGGAUGGCGAUCAGGUUGCCCAGCGUUUUGGCAGCUACCAGCAAUCGCUGACACGCGACAACAAUCUGCGCCUGGCCAACAACAUUUACAUCAACGAGAAUCUGGAGUUCAAGGGCGCCUUUCGUGAUGUUGCCCAGCGUCAGUUCGACUCAAACAUUGACAAACUAGAUUUCCAUCCGCCCUACAACAAGCGCACCGCUGACGGCAUCAAUCGUGCCAUUGCCACCAAGACCAACGAUCAGAUCAAGGACAUACUCAAGCCUGAGCUGCUCAACGAUCGCACCGAGGGCGUCAUUGUCAACGGUGUCACUUAUUCGGCACCGUGGCAAAAGGCCUUCAAGCUGGACAAAACGGAGCGUCGCUCCUUCCGCACUGGCAACGGUCAGUCCGUUCAGGUGGAGACCAUGUGGACACUGCAGCACUUCAACUAUGCCGAGGUUCGUAGUCUGGAUGCCAAGGUCGUGGAGCUGCCGUAUCAGAACUCGGAGUUCUCCAUGCUGUUAGUGCUACCCAAUCGCAAGGAUGGACUUCGGGCUUUGCAACAGAGUCUGUCUGGCAAGAAUCUGCUAAGUGAACUGGGUGAAAUGUCGCAGCAAAAGGUCGAAGUGCAGCUGCCUAAGUUUAGCGUUACCUUUGGACUCAGUCUGGAGCAGCCCUUCAAGCAGUUGGGUAUUACGACCAUGUUCUCACGUUCUGGCGACUUUGGCAACAUGUACCGCAUGUUUGUCAGUCAUUUCAUUAACAGCGUCGAGCACAAGGCUCACGUUGAGGUCUCUGAGGCAGGCUUGGAGCAGCCCAUCGAAUCCGGAGUUCUGAAGAGUCUGUUCUCGCGCAACAAGAAAUUCGAAGCCGAUCAUCCAUUUGUGUUCGCCAUUAAGCACAAAGACUCCAUUGUCUUUAUGGGCCACAUCGCCAACUAUGCCUAUGUGUAAAGUGUUAACGCUUUCCUCCCCUGAGGUGUUAAUUAAUCACGCUAAAUGUUUGUUUUUCUUAACGAAUGCAAAUUUGUUCAACACUUAAAUAAAGUUUUGACAACCUUUUUGCGCAACAUCAAAUAAAUAUUAAUUAAUAUUCACCUAAAAAAAAGAGGUAGU